CCGCGGGCGCACUCGCCGGUCGCAGUGAAAAGGCGGAGGCGGCGGCCGCUCGGGCUCGGCUCCGGUUCCCAGUGCCUCCCCCGCCGCACCCCCUCCCCACAUCCCGCACCCGCCAAACUUGAUGUGACCCCAGCCUGACGCGGCGGCUGCCCCUCUCACCGCCCCGUGCGCCCCCCACCGCCACUCCGCCCCGCACUCCCGGAGCGCACCGCUCACCGCGCCCCUUCCCACCUCCUCGCCGGGGCCGGGCGCCGCGCUCGCCCUCAGCGUUCCCUUCCCCUCGCCACCCCCACCCCACCCCCCGCACCAUGAGCAACCUGAAGCCGGACGGCGAGCACAGCACCAGCACGGGCACCGGCACGGGCUCGGGCUCCGGCGGCACUCUGGAGGAAGAGGUCCGAACACUAUUCGUCAGUGGCCUCCCUGUGGACAUUAAACCCAGAGAACUCUACCUGCUCUUCAGGCCGUUCAAGGGGUAUGAAGGGUCCCUGAUCAAACUCACAUCGAGACAGCCUGUUGGUUUUGUGAUCUUUGACAGCCGAGCAGGAGCAGAAGCAGCCAAGAAUGCAUUGAAUGGUAUUCGCUUUGACCCUGAGAACCCGCAGACCCUGAGGCUAGAGUUUGCCAAAGCCAACACCAAGAUGGCCAAGAACAAGCUAAUGGCUACACCAAAUCCUACCAACGCUCACCCUGCCCUAGGAGCACACUUCAUUGCACGGGACCCCUAUGACCUUAUGGGGGCUGCUCUGAUCCCCGCAUCCCCAGAGGCCUGGGCCCCCUACCCUCUGUACACCACAGAGCUGACCCCAGCCAUCUCACACGCUGCAUUCACCUACCCAGCUGCCACUGCUGCUGCCGCUGCCGCCCUACAUGCUCAGCCCUACAAGGCACCUCACCUGUCAGGAUCUCUUGUCACGGGGCUGCUCCAGCUGGAAGCCAGGUGAGGGGUGGUGGUCAGGGUCCACCGGGGGAUUCCCUAAGCUGGAGUGGGCCACAAGCUUAUCUGGUAGCCACAUGCUGGUUUCCUUAUUGUCCCUCUCUUACGGAAUGAGCUCUUAUGUCCAGCCACGCUUCCAGGUGGGAGUGCAUCCCACAGCUCAGCAAAGGGGAGGAGAGGCUUCCUCCCACUUGGCCUCCCACUUGGCUGUUAGCCAGGAGGGGAGGGAACUGCUUCCAGAUGUUGAGGCAGCAGGAGAGAAAAUAGUGGCUUCUGAGGCUGGACAGCUCAAAGGCAAGAAGAGGCACUUGAUCUCCUAUUGUGUGUGAUAUGGUGCUUAAUCAAGGUGGUUCUAGCAGCUCGGGUCCACGGUGUCCUGGUGAGAGCAGUGCCACAUCCUUGGAGCCCAGGGAAGAUUCUGGCAUUGAUUAGGUGGCCUAGGACCUGCUUCUGCUAUAUGCCAAGUGUCCUGGCAUUUUAGGGUAACCAGCUUCUGCUUGCUGUUGAGCAUGUGGUGAGCAGAGUCCUGGGGUGUACAAAACAUGUAAGAAUUGGAGGAGACAGAGGAGUAUGUUCUCAGGAAGCUUCCAUCAGCCCGCAGACGACCUGACAUUACAUGACAUCUUCUCCGCUUACAGAGGCGGGGAUUCCAGGCAGCCAAGUGGGUAACUGAGUCCAACUACCACACUGUCAAGCUAGUUGUCUGUGGGCCCAGCUGCUACUUGUUUUCUACAUUGGCUCUUGGCGUGCCAUCCCUUCCUUUCCUGAGGGGACCCCAGACUCCCCUCCCUGGGCAUUCUUCCCCUUACCCCUCAUUCAAGGUCUUGUGAUGCUGUGUUCCCCCACUGAUCCCAGGCAGCCAUGGGUUAGGCUGGGGCAGACAUGCUGUCUAUAACUGGGGCAGGUGGCCUUCCUGCAGUCUUGGCUUGGCACCCAGCAUAGCUUACUGCCCAGACCCGUGGGGAGGCUGUGCCUAGAAAGGGAGGGCGUAUGAUUUCCUGACCCGUCUCUGGGAAUCCUGCUAGGGGCUACUGCUCUGAAGGGCCUUCUGGCAAGUGCCAGGGCUGAGACAGCUGCCAGGCCCCCAUUGGAGGCCUCAGCUGGUGGGUUACAAAUCUGUAGACCUGGGAGGCUGAUAAUGGAGGGAACAAGGGGGAUGGAAAGGGAUGGAAGCAUCAGCUGGGUCUCAGCCAUGACUUCUUUAGAGAAUCCUACAAGGACAGGAGUCCUACCCCUUAGAGACCACAGCAACUUUGGUUUCUAAAGUGUUUGUACAUUGUGUCUCACCUGAUCCUCACGGACACCCUGUGACUUCGUCAUCUCUGUCCUGUACUUGGGUGAGGGCACUGAGACAGAAGGAAACUGAGCAAAAAUGUAUUAGGUUCAUGCUCCUAACGUCAGAAAUUCUACACUCUUCAAGUCAAGGGGGAAGGGCAGAAUGCUGACCAGCACCCCCACUGCCAAAAGUCCACCUGGUACAGUUGGGCUCAGUGGAGCAUAAAACACCUUGGUAACGAUUCUCUCAUUUGAACCUCAACCCUGCGGAGGAGGCAGGUCAGGUGGCGCUCUCCCAU